GAGAAGAACAUAUGAUGGCAGAAUGAGACAGCCUGGAGGUGGCAUCAGCAGCAUCAGGAGUCCUGAAAGUGACCCGGUGACAGAGUGGGGCGAUGGGUGGCAAUACCAGUACCCGGUGAUGAAGUGCGCUGCUCUGGUUGGCGAAGACCAGCCCCUUUGCCCCGAUCUUCCGGAGCUGGAUCUUUCUGAACUUGAUGUCAAUGAUUUGGAUGCAGACAGCUUUUUGGGUGGAUUAAAGUGGUACAGUGACCAAUCAGAAAACAUUUCCAAUCAAUACAGCAAUGAGUCAUCGGACAUAUUUGAGAAGAUAGAAGAAGAGAAUGAAGAAAACCUGCUAGCAGUUCUUACUGAGACACUGGACAGUCUCCCUGUGGAUGAGGAUGGAUUGCCUUCAUUUGAUGCACUGACAGAUGGAGAUGUGACCAGUGAACAUGAUCCCAGCCUUUCAUCUAUGCCUGACGGCACCCCUCCAACACAGGAGGCAGAAGAGCCGUCACUACUUAAAAAGCUCUUACUGGCUCCAGCGAACACUCAGCUGAUUUAUAAUGAAUGCACUGGACUCAGCGCGCACAACCAUGCAAGCCCUAACCAGAGGAUCAGGACAAGCCCUGGGCCCGUCAAGAGCGAGAACUAUUGGAGUAAUAAACCCAGAAACAUUUGUCAACCGCAGAAACCACAGAGGCGCCCCUGCUCCGAGCUCCUUAAGUACCUGACUGCAAAUGAUGACUCUCCUCAGACCAAAUCAACAGAGAGCAGGACGAACAACAGACUUGACAAAUGCACCAAAAAGAAGCCCUGCUUACAUCCUCAGCCACAUUUUCAAGCCAAGUCAACAAGUCUGUCACUUCCUCUGACACCCGAGUCACCAAAUGACCCCAAGGGUUCCCCAUUUGAAAGCAAGACUAUUGAACGAACCUUAAGUGUGGAGCUCUCUGGAACUGCAGGACUAACCCCACCAACAACCCCACCUCACAAAGCCAACCAAGAUAACCCAUUCAGGACUUCUCCAAAGCCGAAGUCUUCUUGCAAGUCCAGUGUGCCACCCGCUAAGAAACCUCGUUACAUUGAGUCUUCCAGUAUUCAAGUUAUCAACUCAAAAAAAGGUCCUGAACAAUCUGAACUGUAUGCACAGCUUAGCAAAACCUCUGUGGUCAUUGGACAAGAGGAGAAAAAGGUGAAGCGACCUAGUUUACGGCUUUUUGGAGACCAUGACUACUGUCAGUUUAUGAAUUCAAAAUCAGAAAUACACAUUAGCUUAUCACAAGAUUUACAGGCCUCAAGACAACUUGAAUGUAAGGAUUCCCUGCCUGGGAAAAAAUCACUAGUCUGUUCACUAAAGGUUCAAGAGGAAAGUCCAAAAGACAGUUUUGAGGGAACCAUGACAAGUUCUCAGAACAGCAAUCGCAAACCCCUGCAAGACCAGGAAAUCCGUGCAGAACUCAAUAAGCACUUUGGUGACCCAACACAAGCAGUUUAUGAAGAAGAAAACAAAAACAGUGUCCUUGGAAACAAUGGUUACAACGAUGAUCAGUUCUCUAGACUACCUAUGUUUUUAACGUCUGGACUGGGUAUGGAUAGUCUGUUUGAUGACAGCGAGGAUGAGAACGAUAAACUGUGUUAUUCCUGGGAUGGAAUGCAAUCCUAUUCAUUAUUUGAUGUAUCGCCUUCUUGUUCAUCCUUCAAUUCUCCAAGCAGAUAUUCUGUAUCCCCACCGACAUCCUUAUUUUCACAAAGGAUUUGUUCUCGAUCAAGGUCUAGAUCUUUUUCUCAGCACAGAUCAUGUUCACGGUCUCCAUAUUCACGUUCAAGAUCCAGAUCGCCAUCAAGCAGAUCUUCAUCAGGGUCUUACUGCUGUUACGAAACAAAUCAUUGUAAACAGAUCAACUCUCGAUCACGGUCACCAUACAGCCAGACUGUUACGGUUUCAUCACAUACCGCUACACCUGUGAUGCGUUUGCUGCUCUUGAUAACGGAUACACCCUGCGCAGAGCGAAUGAACCCGACUUCGAGUUGUGCUUUUGUGAAAGAAAGCAGUUUUGCAAGUCCAACUAUGCAGAUUUAGAUUCAACUUCAGAUGACUUCGAUCCUGCUUCCACCAAAAGCAAAUAUGACUCCAUGGAUUUUGACAGUUUGCUCAAAGAGGCACAAAGAAGUCUGCGCAGGUAACAUGCAUCACCACCACGCCCAAUGGAAUGAUGGAGAAUACCUCACGGACAACUCGUCCUCAAAUAAGAGACUCUUGAAAGUCAAACCCUAGGAAUUUCUCCUACUUUACACUCUCCGUUCUUCAAUGGUUUACAUGAACACAGCUGCUGAAGACUAAAGAGGCAAUGGGAUUGUUAGACAAGUGUGGAAAGCCAUGGGUGUCAGAUGAUUCCUCACUUUCACAGUCGCCGUUGUAUCACUCGAAUAAAGACGAGACAUGCUUUUCAUUGGAGAGGAAAGUGCCAGCCAACUGUGAUAACUUCUCCGUUCAAAACUGAUUGUUCUGGAAAAGACGCGAGAUCGCUAUCGAAGGGGAAUAUUGGAGGAUUUGUAAGCUGCUGAUGCUCAACUGCAAUGCAAUCUUCACUUUGUCUGAUUUUCAUCAUCAUCCCGUAGGGAAAAAAAUUUAAUAAAAAACAAAAAAAAACAUUGCAAUAUAGAUAAUGCCUUAGUAACUUUUUUUUAUUGGGAAUCUUGUGGAGGAACCUAAAAAAAUGGCAUUUUUCAGCACACGCAAGUCUCUUUACUCUGCAUUAGUCUCGGAUUCUGACACCCAUGCAAUUGUCUACAAUGUUGUUUGUCAGCAUCGAAAGCCUUGUAAAUGGUCGAUUUCACAGCUUGUUCAGCAUUAUAUAUAUAUAAUUAUAUAUAUAUAUAAAUAUAUAUAAAUAUAUUUUAUUUUCUGAUGAAUGGAUGUGGUGUUACAUAAUAAACAAGAGCUGAGUUAAAACUAUCUGAAUCAGUGUUUAUACCACUGCAUUGUACUGGUCAAGUAUUUACAGAUGUUCCCUGCUCUUCUGCCCGGGAGAUGUGCAAGCGGACAUAUUGCCCGUGUCUCUGGCAGAGAAUGGGUUCUAUGGAGUAUUUUUAUUUUGUGUACAUAGAGUAUGACGAUGUUCUUUAUUUGUUACUGCUAUGCACUGUAAAUGCAGCCUUCUUUUCAAUACGGAAAAAAACGUUUUCUUAAAAUCGAGAAUAUUCAAAAUGUAACUAUAUAAAGGUGAAACACCUGUUGUAUACUAAUCCAUUUAGGAGCUGACUUUAUGCUUAUAUAUAUUUGAUUGUAAGAAAAAAAAUGACGGUGUGUGCGUGUUUUAAUUUUUAAAAAAUGUUUAUCUUUUUUUUUUUUUUUUGGGGGGGGGGGUGCACAAUUAAUCGCUUUAAGCACACUCAUCCCUAUUUUUGGUGAGCUUCCAUAUAACUGUUUCAUGAAGGAUUACAUUGGCCGGGAAUGGCUUCUGUCGCAUGGAGAACAUGUCUCAUCCUUCCGUGUCAGUGUCUUCUUCUGCAGUAAUACAUAAUCAGUUCAGGAUUUACCAUAUCGGAGGUCUUGUUAGAGUUCAUAGUGAUUAUUUUUUUUUUUUUUUAAACUCUUAUUAUUCGUAUUAUUGUGAGUCAGGAAUGAAUGUAUGAUUUGAUUA